AUGUUGGUGGACGCACAUUGUCACUAUUAUUGUUCUUCCUUCAAUGAUUGCUGUAGACAAAAUAAUGAACUUGAAAGGGACAAUAAUGUUGGAUCUGUGUUAUCAUUAUACAAUUCUACAAAAUUAGACGAUAUAUCAAAUAUUGACAAAGUUGGCAAAGGAAAAGUUGAGGUGGAAGAGGAGAAGGAGGAAGAACAAGACUCAGAGAGACAACGAUUAUAUAUCAAGAAGGGGUUAGGUAUACAUCCAUGGUAUGCACAUCUAUAUACAUUAGUACCUAAUAUUUCAAAAACAGAGCAUUAUGGAAAAGUUUUACAAUGGAAAGGUCGUUCUACAGGGCAAAGAAAGGAGGGCCAGACUACUACGAUUGAAGAAGAAGAAUUAAGGAGAAUGAUUAACGCAUUGCCAGAGCCUAUAUUAUUGAACGAUAAUUUAGAUUUGUUUCUUAAUAAUAUUGAUUUUAUUGGGGAGAUAGGCUUAGAUAAAACGUUUCGUAUACCUUGGGGUGAUAAUAGUAGUGAAAACAUGGGGAGCUGUGGAAAGAGGGGGACUGUAAGCCUGUCUAAUUUUACUACAAAAUUAGAACAUCAAUUGAGUAUUCUUCAAUGGUGGUUGAAAUAUGCUAAUAAACAUUCUUUAUCUGUUCAGUUGCAUUCUGUGAAAUUCUAUGAUCAAUUAUUGGAAGUAUGUAAGGACCAACUUCUACUAAAUCCCAAAUGUAAAAUCUUGUUGCAUGGAUUUCAAGGAUCGGUAGAUACGUUAAAAAGAUGGAGUAGAAUUUUUAAAAGUGAUAGGAUCUAUGUUUCAUUUAAUCCUCAAUUGAAUCUAAGAAAUAAUGAUCAUAUGGUGCUGCUCUUGUAUUUAGAAGUACUGGACAUUGAACAUGUCUUUGUGGAGACAGAUUCAUACGAAUUCAAUGAAACGACAUAUCGUACCAUAGCAAAUGUGACAAAGAUAUUACAAGAACAAAGCCCAAAUAAAGAGAUAAACUUUAAAUCUAAUGUUCUGAACUUUCUAAAUAUCGCAUAA